CAGCUGUGAUUUUGCCAUGCCGUGAGCCAGUUUUCGUUCACACCAUCAUUUUAGUUUGUAGACACAGGAUAUGAAGGGUAAACAUGGGGAACUCUGUGAGCACCUGUGAGCCCCGCUGCCCAGAUUGCUGCCUGGAUUGCUGCCCGGACUGCUGCCUGGAUUGCUGUCCAUGUUGCUCCCAAAAGAAGAACGAGAAGACGACCAUCAAACGUCAAACAUGCACUUCAAUCUACAACUAUGCCUCUCGCACUACACUGGAUCUAGAACUGAAGAAAGGCGAUAUUCUAGAAAUUAUGGGAGAGAACGAGGACUGGCUUUACGUGAGGAGACGCACAGCAAAGGGUCAAGGCAUCAUUCAUGAAGAGGGAUAUGUGCCCAAAAAUUUUGUCAAACCUGUGGAGAGCUUGGAGGCCCAGCCAUGGUAUUUUGCAGACGUUAAGAGGCGCAUUGAGGCCAAGAGAUGUUUGGCGAGACCACAGAACGAUGAAGGCGCGUUCCUUGUGUGGAAGUCAGACGAGAACGAUACCUAUUACCUGUCAGUGAAGAACAGCCCCCAUGCACGACAUUACAAGAUCAAGCAGGGAGAACACUACAAGAACUUUUUCCUUGUUCAACGCACCACUUUCAAGAACUUGCCCGAGUUAAUUGAAUAUUAUUCUAAAAGCCAGAACGGACUCUGUGUGAAGCUCAACCAGCCCUGUGUGAAGCUGGAUCAGCCCGCUCCCCCCACGCUUUCUUUUCAAUUAAAUCGAGAGAUCGACAAACAAUCACUGACCAAAAUAAAGAUGCUAGGCAGCGGAGAGUUUGCAGAUGUGUGGCAGGGCAAAUGGAACGGGACAACAGAUGUGGCCAUCAAGGAAUUCAAGGCCGUCAGUCCAAAUAUCACAACAGAGAUUGAAAUCAUGAUGAACCUGCGACACGAGCGUUUGCUGCAGCUUUACGCCAUCUGUACGACCAAUAAGCCCUUCUGUAUCGUCACAGAACUCAUGAACAACGGCAGCUUAAAGACAUUUCUCACCGAACAGAAAAAGGAAAAAAAAGAUAUCGAGUUCUCCCUCAUGAUGGACUUUGCUAUCCAGAUCACAGAAGGAAUGAUUUACCUUGAAGAUAAAAUAGUUCACCGAGAUCUAAGAGCCGACAACAUUCUGCUGACCAACAUGCAGUCCUGCAAAAUAGCUGAUUUUGGCCUUGCCCAAUUUGUUCUCACAGGAAACCGCAGACUCUCAUCGGGUGAGCUCGUCCCUGUGAAAUGGAUGGCUCCAGAGAUAUUCGAGGACAAGAACUACACAAGCAAGAGCGACGUCUGGUCUUUCGGGAUCCUCCUGACUGAAAUCGUCACGUAUGGAGAUGAGCCAUACUCUGGUCAGGACAAACAGACGUGUAUCCUAGGCAUUAAGAGAGGAAAGAGGAUGGAGCGACCGGCCGGUUGUCCUGAAGCACUUUAUGACAUCAUGCUGCAAUGCUGGAAGACAAAUCCUGCGGAGAGACCCACGUUCACAGAGCUUCAGGAGAAACUCAUGGCUCUCAUCAACGAGCCUGUUUCUGAUCUCGAGUGAACAUUAACAAGACACUUUAAAAUAUAUCUAACCAACCUGUAUCCAUAACGGAAAGUCCGUCCAAAAAUCGUUUAUUCUCCCUCAUGUCAUUACAAACCUAUAUGAGUUUCUUUCUUCUAUAGAACACAAAAGAAGGUAUUUUGAAGAAUGAUGAAAACCAAACAACAUUUAACUACAUUGAAUUCCAUUUUAUGAAGACAAAACCCCGAGACAUUUCUCAAAACAUCUUCUUUUGUGUUACACUGAAGAAAGAGUCACAUACAAGUCUUCAACCGAAUGAAGGUGAAUAAAUGAUGACAAUGUUUGUAUUAAACAUAACUGCAGAAAUAAUAAUCACAAAGCAAUGAAUUUACGUAAAAACAUAAAUGUUUCUCUGUUAUAACAGAGACAUUAUUUCUCUUGAAGAAGCAUCAUAGUAUUAUAAACCGUGAAAAAAGUUUCAUGGAUUGUUUUAAUAAGAUGGAAGUCAUAAAGCACAGUUUCUAUAUUCUCUGGAAAACAUGAUGUAUUCCAUUUCUGACUGAUGUAACCUUCUGCAACGCUGAGCUGAGCAACGCUGCUAAAAUUCUGUAUCUUCUGCCCUGGACCUUCAUCUGAACGUUCAGUGGUCACAAUGUGAUAAAUGUAAUGUUUUAUCAUCUCCAAUCUAUUAACUCAUGUAAAA